CUCCAGCGCCUUGCGCUUAUUCUCCUCCGCCUCCUCACAAGAGAACAGGAGUUCCAUCGCUUCUGACCUGCUCUAUCAUGCCGUCUAAUCAGAAUGUACAAGGUGGGAAGGCGUUUGGAUUAUUGAAAGCGCAGCAGAGGGAGAAGCUAGAAGAAGUGAACAGGGAAUUCUUGGAGGAUCAGAAGUACAGCGAUGAGGAGGAUUUGGCAGAGAAGCUGGAUUCCUUCAAAAACAAAUAUGCAGAAUUUGACCUGAACGAUGAGGGAGAGAUCGAUAUGAUGGGUCUGAAGAGGAUGAUGGAGAAGCUUGGUGUGCCCAAGACACAUUUGGAGAUGAAGAAGAUGAUCUCAGAGGUGACUGGCGGCAGCAGCGACACCAUCAACUACAGAGACUUUGUUAAGAUGAUGCUGGGGAAGCGCUCUGCUGUGCUGAAAUUGGUGAUGAUGUUCGAGGACAAGGCUAACAGCCCUGACUGCAAACCAGAUGGUCCGCCACCAAAACGUGACAUCGCCAGCCUACCCUAGAGUGUCCUGGAAGCAGAGGCCACCAGUUCCCACCCAUUUCAAAUCCAGUGGGCUAAGUGUACAUAGCCUUAUCCAACAUCAUUUCUAAGAACCUAAGGGAAAAUCUGAGGUUUAGAGAAAGAUGGAGGGGAUAAAUGCCCAAAAAAAGAAAAGAAAAAAAAAAAGAGAUAGCUAUAUAAAUUUGCUGUGAAGAGGUCAAACCGCAGAUUAGCUUUUUUUAUAAGUCAAGAAAUGUAUAUAUUUAUAUGGAAAUAGGUCUUUUUGAAGUGUACUUAUUCCUUUUAAUGGAGUCGUUUGAUGAAAAUGAACAAAGUGUGUUUGUUAACAGUGCAGUGUGUAACAUUUGAACGUGUAUUAAGUGUACUGUGUGGGAUAAGACCAUUUUAUUUCCGAAAAUUUUACAAUAUUUUAAUUUAGAACUGAGAUUAAGGUGUUUGUCUUCCCAGCCACACAUUUAUUUUGAGUGCUUUUUCAUUAGCCAGAUAAGUCUAAUUCAAUUAAAUGAAAGCAUUUGGUCUUAAAUUCUCACUAACCUGUAGCUGCAAUGUCCAGUCACGUAAGUUGUAAGGUAAUGCCAAUAAUACCUAUAUGCCAUUUUAUAGUAGGACAGUUAGAGGCAUUUACACUCACUGGCCACUUUAAUAGGAUAAUGUUUUUCAGUGUUGGUAAAUGACAGGCUGGUUUGAGAUAAGAAAGCACACGGGAUCAAGCCGACAGGAAGGCCACGGUAACGCAAACAACCACUCUUUACAACCGUAGUGAGCAGAAAAGCAUCUCAGAAUGCAUAACACGCCAAACGCCGAGGCGGACGGGCUACAGCAGCAGGUAGGAAUCUGAGGGUACAAUCGGCACAGGCUCACUGAAACUGGAAGGGGAUAUUUUUCCAAUCCUAAAUCAUCCAAUUUCUGUGAGCCUGUGCCCAUUAUAGCUUCAGAUUGCUGUGAAAUUCCCAGGAGAUCAGCAGUUUCUGAAAUAAUCAAACCAGCGCAUCUGGCACUAACAACCAUGCCAUGGUCCAAGUGGACAGUGAGUGUAUAUAUAUCCAUUCUUGGUACUUUAAUAUUAUAGGGAUUUUUUUUUUUUUUGGUCUGAAUUUCCAUCACAGAAGGGGGCCAAGAAAGCAAAGGAGGAGGAUUCACAGGCUUUUGCUAGUUUCUGCUAGUAGCAGGUUUCAUUCCUUCUAGCUUAUAUACCUCAUAGCUUUCCAUUCAUGUUCAUCCUCUUUUUAAUUUUUUUUGUUCUUUUUUUCCCGGGCUGUGUGACUUGUCUGAGUUAAGAUGUGAUUAGUAUUUUUAGUGAAACACUGUUAGCUAAGCACAAAACAAUGUAUAGUUUGUUACAAACAUCUAGGGUCCAUUUUAUAUUCAUCAAGAUCGAUGCAUCACACUUGGAAAAAUGCCAUAAUUCUACACUCAUUGAAACAGGGUCACUUUCUGCUUACUGUAAAUCAAGUUGAAAUCAGGCUUUCCAAGUGCCUCACACAGUUCUGAUGUAGCCAGUUUACACUCAGCGUGUACAAAAUGGUUUUGUGUAUAAAUCAUUUCGAGUCUUUAAAUUUAUUCCUCACUCCCACAUGCAUCUCCUCUCAACUCACUGACUGUGAUGUUCUCGAAAACAUUUCCAUUUGUGCUAUUUAUUUCAUAAUUCUUUACAGCACGUAUCAGUAAUUCCUAGCUCGGUAGCUAAUCGUAACAAAAGAGGCUGAAUUUCCGAAUGAACCGUUUUCUUUCCACACGUAUCAUAUGUAUCUCUUGGCCUAUAGGCUCAUGUGUUUCCAAUCAUUUUAUAAUUUUAUCCAGUUUAUGUAGAAAUUGUGCGUCUCUUUGAAUUUUUAUUUUUUUUCAUUCCUGUUUAAGUGCAAAAUUUGAAAAUAUGAAUUAGCAGUUGCACUGUAUUUUUAUUUAGAGUUUUUAGAUUACUAUUAUUAGUAUGUUCUUUCAGCAUAAUAGUGAAUGCAGGCAUUUUCUUAUACGGUAGUUCACAUGGGGUUUUUUGUUUGUUUAUUUUAUUUUUUUGCAAACACCAAAGGAAAUAAAGAUCAUAUUGUGACACCGGAA